AUGUACCGCGCGCACAGUAAGGACAUCAACCGGAACAAGGGUUUCCACCCCUUGACGUACCGCAACUUGCGCCGCGUCGAGCAGCUCAAGGAAGAAGCCGAGCUCAACAAGCAGAAGGCAGAAGAGCGGCAGAAGGAACUGCAGCGCGACCAGGAAGAGCGUCGUUACGACGAGCUGGUGCUGGCAAACUCGGCGGACUCGCUCAGCGGCGAGCUGGCACGCUACCGACAGACGCGCAGCAUCUUCGCCGCUGAGUACGAGGCAGACGCCAAAGCAGCCAAGGAUGCGUCUGUAGCGUCACUGCCCUCGCCACAAGUCAGCAAGCCGGAAGUGCAGCUGAAGACGUCCGCUGGCGCGUCGUUCCCCGUAAACAGCUUCCUCAGCAAGUUUAAGAAGGAGGAGUCCUACGGGUCGACGUGUGUGAUGGUGAAAGCAGAAGCGCGAGACAACACCGCCGCUGCUGCUUCUAGCGCAGUCGCCUCCGCGGAGGCAGAGACGCCCGUGAGGAAGCGCCCACGAGACGACGCAACGAGCAACAGUCCCUCGAGCACCCACAACGGCAGCGGCUAUGGCGAAGGUGCGACGAAGAGGGGAGGCGACGGUGGUGAGAGUGCGCCCGCGACCGGCUUUGUUACCAGCGCGGAAGCGGCGCAGCUACGAAAGGAGCUGAACCUGGCACAGAAGCAGCGGCACGACCCACUCAUGCGAGUAAAGGAGUACCAGAACAGCUGCGUCGCCGCCGCCGCCAGGCAGCUGGACCACGAGCAAGCGACCGGUGCGGUGGCAAAGCGCGAAGACGAUCAAGACAAGCUGCAGAGCCGCAUCCGCGAGCUGUUGGCUCUCAAGAAAAAAAAGAAGUAG